AUGGCCGACAAAUCUGAGAGGCCUCACGCAGGCACGCGGCCCAACUUCCUGGUCAUCGUGGCCGACGACCUGGGCUUCUCAGAUGUGGGCGCAUUUGGAGGGGAAAUCAAGACACCAAAUAUUGAUAGCCUGGCCCACAUUGCCGGCCUAGGGACGAUGAUAGAGACGAUAAAAGAGUUUCAAGUGGGCCAGCCUGGUUACGAAGGAUACCUGAAUGACCGAAUCGCCGCGUUGCCUGAACUCCUUCGAGAUGCCGGCUACUUUACACUCAUGUCGGGCAAAUGGCAUCUGGGCAUGACGCCGGACCGCUAUCCAUCCAAGAGAGGGUUCGACCGAUCAUUCAGCUUGCUUCCCGGUGGCGCGAAUCAUUACGGGUGGGAGCCACAGGUGCAGGAAAAGGUCCCCGAUUUGCUGGAGCGCAACGGCCCUUUCUAUGCCGAAGAUGACAAACCCGUCUCGGUCGCCGGCUUGGGUCCGGACUUCUACUCUUCGGAGUCCUUCACGUCGAAACUACUGCAGUACUUCCAAGAGAGAGGCGAGGGUCAAAGGCAGAAACCGUUCUUUGCCUAUCUGCCCUACUCGGCGCCUCAUUGGCCCCUGCAGGCUCCGGAGGAAGAUUGCAGAGAUUAUCGAGGGGUCUACGACGAAGGCCCGGACGUGUUGAGACAGAAGCGGCUGCGACGUCUUGAGGAACUGGGCAUCAUCUCCUCUGAGACCAAGGCCCACGAGGUAUUUGCUUUGCCGCUCGAUAAACCCCUGAGUAAAGAAUGGAAGAGCUUGACAGAGGACGAGAAGAAGUUCUCCUCGAGGACCAUGGAGGUCUUCGCCGCCAUGGUGCAGAACAUGGACCGGAACAUUGGCCGUGUCCUCUCCUAUCUCAAAUCGACUGGCGAAUACGACAACACGUUGGUCAUGUUCAUGUCCGACAACGGGGCCGAGGGACUGCUGUUGGAGGCAUAUCCCGUGGUGAAGGAGAACAUCUUCGACCACAUCGAUCGAUAUUACGACAACAGUUACGAGAACAUGGGCCGAUAUAACAGCUACAUCUGGUACGGGCCGCGCUGGGCGUCUGCGGCGAUGGCCCCGCUGAGGCUUUACAAGUCCUUUUCGUCAGAAGGCGGAAUCAGGGUGCCGUUCAUCCUGAGGUAUCCACCAUUAACGUCAUCACGGGCCGGCAGACUUGAUCGAUCGUUCGCGACAGUGAUGGACAUUGCUCCGACCCUCUUACAACUAGCAGGAACGGAACAUCCGGGGACCACUUAUCGAGGCCGAGCCGUCGUCCCCAUGCGAGGGACAUCUUGGGUGCCAUAUCUGUCCGACCCGGUGAAGCGGCCGUACAUCCAUGGCGACGACUCCGUCAUGGGAUGGGAGCUGUUUGAUCGUCAGGCCCUUCGGAAAGGGAAAUGGAAGGCCGUCAUGAUUCCGAGGCCCUUUGGGCCCGGAAGAUGGCAGCUGUACGACCUGGAGAGAGAUCCUGGAGAGACGGACGACCUGGGGGCCCGGCACCCCGAAAAGCUGCAGGAACUUCUCAAACACUGGGACGAAUAUUGCAGGGAGGUCGGCGUUGCAGGUGCGGCGCCGCAGUAUGGGAUGCUGAGGGUUGACCAAGGCGAUGGGAGUCCUUUGGCGGCGGCUGCAUCGAGGGAAGAUGGACCCAAGAUCUGA